AUGCCAGUCACAGGCGUCUACUUUAUUCACUCCCAUCCAAACUCCUCUACGGUGCUCCCAACAAUCACAGAGCGCCUUCGCUCAACCUUCCCAGAUGAAGAUCUUGUUCCCACAGGCCGCUGGGCCAUGGAACACAAAUUAAUGCGAGAUACCCCUGGUCUCCUUCCUCCAAAAGCGAACUCUCCUCAGACUAAGCCGCGCUACAUGCAAUUUCUCUCUCUGACCCACUAUCCAACACGCGGCUUCAUCUACACCUCCGAGCCAGAAGAGAAAGUAGGCCAGUUGCACAAUGUUGUUGUGCCUCCAUCUAACGCCGUGAAUUCUCGUGUCGGCGCUGCUGUCAAUACGCCUCAAGCUGUGACUCCGGUCUCGCUGUCUGGUGUCAGUGCGAACGCUCAGGCGGCGGUUGAUAUUCCGAUGCAGAUGACUACUCUGCCCAUGUCGUCCUUUGGUACGAUGUUUCAGCACUUCACAUAUGCCUGUCAGCCUUUUUGGUGUCAUCGAAUUACAUUUGCUGUGCCUGCUGGUAUUAUCUAUGACGUUGGUGAUUUCCGUAUUCGGCUUGGUGACGUACGGCAGACAUUCCCGACUGCGAGGGUGCGUGGUACUGUUUUAGAGAUCGAGUGGCGCGGCCCGUCGAUUGUUGAUUCGCUUUCUGCUGCAGGUCAGAGUCAGGACUCUGCUGCGACUGGAGACCUCAAUGACGAUGAUUCGGGGAUUGAAUUGGAUUUCUCGGUUAUUGAUGAGGCUGAUAUUGAUGCUGAGUAUACUGCUACUGCGGGUUUGAUUCAUGAGUUUUGGUCGAGAAUUGGCAUUGAUGGGGCUAGAGAGGCUAUUCUUGUUCCUGGGAUUGGUACGGAGGUUAAAGCUCGAUUGAAGCGGUAUCAGGCUGGGAAGAUCGGCCAGGGUAUCUCUGGUGGACCGCUUCUGGAAGAGGAUCCGCAGGCUGGGGCGGAUGUUGCUAGACAGUAUAUGGAGGUGCUUCGCUUUAAUAGAUAG